AUUUUGAGGUUCUUUCGAACUACUGCCAUGCUUGCAGUAUACAUAGGGACCUUGGGGAGGAUGAAGAGAUAUGGCGAGCUUUUCAUCUUCCAGUUUGCCAAAAAAACACUGACUGCUCAUCCCACGCAAUGGAACCUGCGGCAGCUGUCAAUAUAUGGCAGAGGACCUUGUCUUAUGAAACUCCACUGCGAUUCACCAGCUUCCUAAGUGAUGGUGACAGCAAGGCCUUCACUGCAGUCUGCGAGGCAAACGUAUACUGUGACACCCCCAUUGACAAAGAAGAGUGCACGAACCACGUUGCAAAGCGCUUGGGAACUGCCCUACGGAAAUUGGCAACGCCACUGCCACGAGGCGAAAAACUGAAAGACGCGACAAUAAUAAAACUACAAACAUAUUACAAGAUCGCCAUCACGAGCAACAAGGACAGUGUCCGAAAUAUGUACACUGCCAUAUGGGCAUCGUACUUUCAUUGCUGUUCUAGUGAUGGUGCCAGCAGCCACAACUUUUGCCCCGCGGGACCAAAUUCGUGGUGCAAGCACAAGCGUGCAGAAGCACUGGGGGAGCCUGCACCACGCCACACCCCACUGUUGACGAAGGCUCAAGGAUUGGCAAUUAUGCCUAUCUACAAGCGCCUUACAGAGGAGAAACUCCUUAUUCGGUGCCUUCAUGGCAAGACACAGAAUGCAGCCGAAUCGCUGAACAGCAAGAUAUGGCUGCUUUGUCCAAAAACAAAGUUUGCCUCCAGAACAACUGUGGAGACAGCCACCGCUCUCGCUGUACUCUGGUACAACGAAGGCCACAGGGGCUUUGAAAAAGUGCUCGAAGGCAUUGGAAUUCUCCCCUCGCAAGAUCUGGCUACACAUGGUGACCACUGUGACGUCAUGCGCAUCAGGAAGGUGAACCUGAAGCAAACUGCAGAAGCGAGGGCACACCGUCGCAACACAGCGAAGAGAGCACGUGUUGAGGACACUGACCGCAAGAGCCGUGAAGGACCAAGCUAUGGUGCAGGGGACUUCUAGACACUUGCAGUGCAUUCAGUGCAAGGUACUUUUCAUUGUGCCCCAAUUUGAUGCAAAAAGAAUGAUUUCCUAAUAAAUGCCAACUUUGCGAACUUUCGAA